AUGAUGGACGAGUUCAUUGUAUGCAUUGAUCGGAUUAUAGCCUCCACGGCUUGUUUUGGUGAAGCAGUAAAUGGAAGAGAAUGUGAUGUUGACUCAAUACCUGUUUCUGAGAAUGGUGGACAAGGAGAAGGGUGCUCCUCAUCUUCUUCUUCUUCUUCAAACAGGGAUGAUGAUGAUGUUGUUGUUGUUGUUGUGGAGUGCAGAAUAUGCCAGGAAGAAGAUCUACUCCAAGCCAUGGAGGCUCCUUGUUCCUGUAAAGGCACUCUCAAGUUCGCUCAUAGGAAGUGUAUCCAGCGAUGGUGCAAUAAGAAAGGAAAUACAAUAUGUGAAAUCUGUAAUCAGGCAUUUUCACCAAAUUAUUCUCUUCCACCAGUCAGAAGCAAUGACAUUAUGGCAAUUGAUAUAAGGCAAGAAUGGGGGCAUAAUACUGAUCUCCGUGUGGCUCUGGCUUCAGCAGAGCACCAGUUGCUGCAAACUGAGUAUGAAGAUUAUGCUAUUACACAAACCAGUAGCGUUGCUUGCCUUCGCUCUAUCACUCUCAUUUUGGUUAUAAUUUUGCUUGUACGCCAAGCUUUAAUGGUCAUGAAGAACUCUACAACUGGGCAAGAUUCAUCCAUACUCUUUAAUUUUCAGAUGUCAUUCCUUCAAUUUGCUGGUGUUCUUUUGCCAUGCUGUGCAAUGGCACGUUCCUGGUACGUCAUACAGAACCGAAGGAGAAGACAGGGUUAAGCGAGGGAAACAUAGAUGACGAUAUCUUCGUUGGUUGUCACAAAAAAGGAGCAGUUACAGACAGAUGCUAUGUGAUUUUGUUUGUCAAACGUAAUGAAGUUGUAUAUAUUUAUUUACCAUGGCAUGGUAAAAAAUGA